ACUCUCCAAUUUAUCACUGAUGCGUCUUUUGGCUUGUCUUUUAGCAGUUGGUGUUGGAGUCACUCAAGCUGCCCGUGUUGUCUAUGAUUGGAAUAUCACUUAUGUGAAUGCAAACCCUGAUAAUUUAUUUGAACGUCGUGUCGUUGGUGUCAAUAAUGCAUGGCCUCUUCCUCCUAUUCACGUGAAUAUUGGUGAUACUUUGGUGAUCAAUGCUCAUAACAGUUUGGAUGUACCUACCUCUCUUCAUUCCCACGGUAUGUUCCAAAAUAACACACCUUAUAUGGAUGGUCCAGUGGGUGUGACUCAAUGUGCUAUUCCUCCUAACUAUAACUUGACUUAUGAAUUCAACAUUACUCAACAUGGUAGUUAUUGGAUCCAUAGUCAUUACAUGGGUCAAUAUAUGGAUGGUCUAAGAGGUCCUUUAAUUCUUCAUAACGUUAAUGAAACUUACAAGUAUGACGAAGAAAUGAUUGUCACUGUCUCAGAUUGGUAUCACAAGCAAAGUAAUGACAAUUUGAACACAUUUAUGAGCGUCUAUAAUCCUACUGGUGCUGAACCUGUUCCUCAAUCUGGUAUCAUCAAUGAUAGUGCUAAUACUACUUUUACCUUUAUUCCUGGAAAAACCUACCGCCUUCGUCUUAUCAAUAUGUCUGGUUUCAGUACAUUCUAUAUUAGUAUUGAUGGUCACACCUUGGAUAUUAUUGAAGUAGAUGGGGUUGAAACUCAACGUACUUCAGUGGAUAGCCUCUAUUUGACUGCUGCUCAACGUAUUUCUGUCCUUGUUACUGCUAAGAACAAUACUGAUCUUAACUACUAUAUGCAUGCUGAUAUGGCUACUGAUAUGUUUGAUGUCAUGCCUGAUGAUCUGAAUCCCAAUAUCACUGCUCCUAUUUAUUAUAACACCAAUCAUCAAAACUUUGCUCCUAGUCAAGAUAUCGGUAUGGCUUCUCCUUUUGAUGAUUUCCUCUUGGUUCCUUUGGUCAACGCAUCUAUUCCUGGUCCUGAUCAAUCUCUCAACUUGACCUUUAAUUUUGAGGUUACUACUGAUGGUAUCAAUCGUGGUAUGUUCAAUGAACUUCCAUAUUUGCAACCCAAGGUGCCUACCCUCAAUACUAUGCUUGGUAUGGGUAAUUUGUCUAACAAUGUUGAUGUCUAUGGUCCUCAAUCUAUGGCUUUCAUGAUGAAACAUCUCGAUUUUAUUGAAGUCGCUGUCUCCAACUUUGAUGCUGGUAACCAUCCUUUCCAUUUGCAUGGUCAUACUUUCUAUAUGGUGGGUAGAGGUAAUGGUACCUGGCUUGGUGCUAAUGCUGGUACUACUGAAUGGUUUAGUAAUCCUAUGAGUCGUGAUACCAUCUUGAUCCCAUCUGAAACUUACGUGGUUCUUCGCUUCCGUGCUGAUAAUCCUGGUCCUUGGUUCUUCCAUUGUCACAUCGAUUGGCAUUUAGAAUCUGGUUUGGCUGCCACUUUUAUCGUUGCUCCUGAUGUUGCCCAGCAACGUAUGACUUUACCUCAAGCUUUCUUGGAUGUAUGUACUGCUGGUGGAAACCCUGCUACUGGUAAUGCUGCUGGUAAAGAAGGAUUAGAUCUUAGUGGCGCUCCUAGUGGUGUAACUUUGAUUUAUGAUGGCUUUACAGCCAAGGGCAAAGGUGCUAUGGCUGCUUGUAUUUUGUGUGCUUUGAUUGGUAUGGGAUCCAUUGUGUUCUAUGCUCUUUCUGAUCCUGAAAAGAAGGCCCGUGCGAUUGCUGAUGCUAAACGACAAGGUGCUACUCCUCCUUCUUAGUUUUAUUUUGGUGAUUCCCCUGAUCAUCUCUUCUUUUUUAUUUUUAUUUUUUAUUAUUAUUAUUCUUUUUUUUUAUAUAUUUUAGUUCUUAUUCAUUAUUAUAUCAUUUUAUCAGUUUUUUCUUCCCCCUUUUUUACUCCAUAUAUAGGAUGGGCCAUUCAUCUCAUUGUUUCUCAUUAUAUAGACAUAUUUUCUAUUUUACUGUAUACUUUCUAUAUGUAAAUGCCUUUAUUGUUUUCUUGUAUUAUUUCUAUCUACUCAUUCCCCC